AUGGCGGCUUUCCGAGACAUGGAGGAGGUGAGCCAGGGGCUGCUGAGCCUGCUGGGCGCCAACCGCGCCGAGGCGCAGCACCGGCGGCUGCUGGGGCGACACGAGCAGGUGGUGGAGCGGCUGCUGGAGACGCAAGACGGUGCCGAGCAGCGGCUGCGAGAGAUCCUGGCUGUGGAGAAGGAGGUGGCCCAGGGCCUUCUGGAUGCGAAGGAGCAGGCGCAACGGGGCGGCACUGAGUUGCAGCAGCUGGAGGCCGAGCUUCAGAAGGCCAGCGAGGAGGACUCCCGUCUGAAGGCCAGCCUCCUUCAGCUCACCAGAGAGCUCGAGGAGCUCAGAGACAUUGAGGCCGACCUGGAAAGACAGGAGAGGGACGUGGACGAGGACACAACGGUCACCAUCCCUUCAGCCGUGUACGUGGCUCAACUUUAUCACCGAAUCAGCAAGAUCGAGUGGGAUUAUGAGUGUGAGCCGGGGAUGGUCAAAGGCAUCCAUCACGGCCCCAGCGUCGCCCAGCCGCUCCACCUGGACGGCACCCAGCUCUCCAAGAAAUUCGUCAGCGACUAUCUGUGGAGCCUGGUGGACACCGAGUGGUAGCCAGCAGCCUUGCACGCGGCAGUCAGCACGGUGGGUGCUCGGUGCCUCUGUGCUGGGACCAGCUUAAAAUGAUAUAUUUACCCGUCAAUGAGCUUUUUACUGGGUUUCUCCCCCCGUCCCCUGCUCCCGAUUUCGCCCUCAGGCGCUGCCCUGGCCUCGUCUGGGUGACCAGAUCGAAUGUCUUAACUGUCGCAGGCCCGUGACUUCCCGUCUCUGACAAACACCGGACACACAGCACCGCAGGAAACAGUGACAGCUAGAAUCUAGGUCUUGAUCACUUGCGAUUCAAGUUCGGCCCCUUUUUAUCUGUCCUGGGCACAUGUUUCAGCGCCACUGUGUACCCAGGACUGUGCGAGGAACCCCAGACACAGAGGCAGGGCACAAGGAUCCCCUCGGCCGGGGCAGGAGUCAGCAGCGAUCAGGUGCCGCCCUGGAGCCGGAGCAAGUCCAGCGUGCGGGGGACCCUGGUCAGGAGGAUCUCAGGGCAGCUUUGGGAAGGAUGAGUCAGUCAUGAAGAGUGUAAGGGCCCACCCCUGGCUCCAGGCUGUGUGUCAGAGACCACUGGUCACCUCGCUAAUAUUUGCUCUCCUCCCUCCUUACUAAGGAGAGAGUAACACUUUUAGCUGUUCAGUCAAAACACAACAGUUCCCAGCCUCCAUUGCAGCUAAGUUCAGGCCAAUGAAAUGUAAGUGGAAGUGUUUUGAGUCUUCUAAAAGGAUCCUUAAAAGGCAAGGGAGUACACUCCUUUUUUCCCCUCCCCUCUAUUUUCUGGAACUUGGGUGUGAUGGCUAGAGCCCUGGCAGCCACAUUGCCACGCUUAAGGAGGGCACAGUCCUGUAGGGAUGAUAGGAGCCUGAUUCCCUGAUGAUUGGGGGAGCCGACUAUCAGCACUGAACUUUUUGGGGGCGGGGGUCUAAACUAUCUUGUGUGUGCUGUUGUUAUUUUGUUAUUUUCUGUCACAAACAGCCAAAGUAAACCCUCACUGAUUCACCACGCAA